UGCUGCGGGGUCCUGACACAUUGUUAAAGUGAGCGGUUUGUUUGCUAACCGAUGCUAACCGAUGCUAACGGUCUCCGGUAUAUGAGACUGCCGGUACCGGAGCUGAAACUAACUCUGGUUUAGUUCGUGUUUCCGUUUUAAAGGUUCAUUCCUUGUUUUCGUUACAAAAAAACAGGCUGAUUUUCAUUUCAAACUUCGUUACUGGAGCGGAAAACAGGUGAGGCAUCACUUGGCCUCCAGCUUCUUCUUCUGUGGUUCCGUCAUGGAGCUGGCGUACGUGUGCGAGUGGGAGAAGCGUCCAAAGAGCACCCACUGCCCGUCCAUCCCGCUGGUCUGCUCCUGGUCCUGCAGGAACCUGGUGGCCUUCAGCACUGACCUGAAGAACGACGACGACGAAAAGGAUGUGAGUCACAUGAUCCACAUCAUCGACACCGAGCACCCCUGGGACGUUUACUCCAUCAACUCGGGACACACUGAGGUCAUUUCCUGUCUGGAGUGGGACCAAUCAGGCUCCAGGCUGCUGUCUGCAGACGGCGACGGUCAGAUUAAAUGCUGGUCCAUGUCGGAUCACCUGGUGAACAGCUGGGAGAGCGUCCUGUCCAGCUCCGUGGAUGGAGACCCCAUCGUGGCUCUCAGCUGGCUGCACAACGGAGUCAAACUGGCGCUGCACGUGGAGAUGUCUGGUUCCACCAACUUCGGGGAGAAGUUCUCCCGGGUGAAGUUCUCCCCGUCUCUGACCCUGUUUGGUGGGAAGCCGAUGGAGGGCUGGCUGGCGGUGACGGUGAGCGGUUUGGUCACCGUGUCGCUGCUGAAGCCGGGCGGCGCUCUGCUGACGGCCAGCGAGAGUCUGUGCAGGCUGAGAGGACGAGUGGCGCUGGCCGACAUCGCCUUCACCGGGGGAGGGAACAUCGUGGUGGCGGCCACUGAUGGCAGCAGCUCCUCCCCGGUCCAGUUCUACAAGGUGGUGGUGAGCGUGGUCAGCGAGAAGUGCCGCAUCGACACCGAACUGCUGCCGUCACUGUUCCUGCGCUGCACCACCGACCCGCUGAGGAGGGAGAAGUACCCGGCAGUCACCCACCUCAAGUUCCUCACCAGGGAGAACUCUGAGCAGGUGCUGCUGUGUGCGUCCAAUCAGAGCGGCAGCAUCGUGGAGUGCUGGUCUCUGAGGAAGGAGGGGCUCCCGGUCAACAACAUCUUCCAGCACCGAUCACCAGUCGUCGGGGAGAAGCAGCCGACAAUCCUGAAAUGGCGAAUCCUGACGACCACCAACGAUCUGGAGCGAGUGUCAGCCGUCGCUCUGCCCAAACUGCCCAUCUCCAUCUCCAACACCGACCUGAAGGUGGCGUCGGACACCAAGUUCUGCCCAGGACUCGGUCUGGCUCUGGCAUUCCAUGACGGCAGCAUCCAGAUCCUUCACCGUCUGUCCCUCCACACCAUGGGAGUGUUCUACGGGUCCUCGUCCUCCGCCCAGCGGCCCGGAGACGAGUCCACCAUCAAACGCCAGAGAACAUCCGGCCCUGCGCUCCACUUCAAGGCCCUGCAGUUCUCCUGGACCUCAUUGGCUCUGGCUGGAGUCGACAACCACGGCAAGCUGCACAUGCUGCGGGUGUCGCCCUCAAUGGGGCAGGUGCUGGAGAUGAACACCACGCUGCGCCACCUGCUGUUCCUGCUGGAGUACUGCAUGGUGACCGGCUACGACUGGUGGGACGUGCUGCUGCACGUGCAGCCCAGCAUGGUGCACAACCUGGUGGAGAAGCUGCAUGAGGAGUACAUGAGGCAGAACCAGGCGCUGCAGCAGGUUCUGGCGACUCGCAUCGUGGCCGUGAAGGCAUCUCUCUGUAAACUCUCCACGGCGACGGCGGCCCGAGCCUGCGACUUCCACGCCAAACUGCUGCUCAUCGCCAUCAGCGCCACCUUAAAGUCUCUGCUGAGGCCGCACGUCCUCAACACACCCGACAAGAGUCCAGGAGACCGUCUGACCGAGAUCUGCGCCAAGAACACCGACACAGAUAUCGAUAAGGUGAUGAUCAACCUGAAGACGGAGGAGUUUGUGCUGGACGGUCCCCCCCUGCAGUCCCUGCAGCAGCUCAUCCAGUGGGUCGGAGACUUCGUCCUUUACCUGCUGGCCAACCUGCCCAACCAGGGCUCCAUGGUCCGGCCCGGGUUCGGCUUCAUGAGGGACGGGGCGUCUCUGGGGAUGCUGAGGGAGAUGCUGGUGAUGAUCCGGAUCUGGGGCCUCCUGAAGCCCGGCUGCCUGCCCACCUUCACCGCCACGUCAGACAGCCAGGACAACCUGCAGCUGCUGUUCAGGCUGCUCACCAAGCUGUGGCUCUGCUCGCGGGACGACGGACCCCCCCAGGACCCCGAUGAGAGCCUGAUCGACGAGUGCUGCCUGCUGCCCAGUCAGCUGCUGGUUCCCAGCAUGGACUGGCUGCCGGUGAACGACGGCGUCAUCGUGAAGCUGCAGGGAAAGCAUCCGCUCAGGCUGCAGUUUGGAAAGGCCUCAUCGCUGCCCGGAGCCGGAACCACUGUCCCGCUGGAGGUCUUCACCAGGAGUCCUGGUUCCCAGAAGAUGGACAACCUGCGCUGUGUCCACAUGGGAGUCUGUCCCACUGAGGAGAGCAAAGCCUGCACCAGGUGUGGCUGCGUGACGAUGCUCCGUUCUCCCAACAAGACCAACGCGAUGAAGCAGUGGGAGCAGCGCUGGAUCAAGAACUGUCUGUGUGGAGGCCUGUGGAGGAGGAUCCCACCCACACUCAGCUGAGACGCCUGGACGCUCAUCAUCAGUGUGUCCUCUGAGAUAAAGUCUUAUCCUUUGGAAUGGUGAAGCUUUAAACAGGUGAUCACCAUGGUAACCGCGGUGCCUGAUGCUGCAGCUGGACUUCAGGCUGUUUUAUUGUCACAACAGAAACUUUCUGAACGUUUCUGCUCUAAAACUGUUAAAUAAUAUUUUAGUCACAUCAGUUUCCAUGUUUUUAUCCACAUUUUAGUUUCACUUUAAAAAAAAAAAAACGCCAACAUUUAAAAACUUCCCUCAGUUUCACAAACACGUUUUCUGACUUUUCCUGAACAGUUUCUGAGCUUAAUUUGGACUGAAACACCUGAAGUCACGACUGAUCGGCACCAAACACUGUCGCUGUUUCAAUCGCAAACUUUCUAUUUUUAUUUUCGGUGUCUUCACAGUAUUUCCUGUUUCAUCCAGUCUGAAUAAAAGAGGACAAACUGCUUCAUUACAGGAAUGAAACUUGAACUUCCACCUUCUGUUUCUGCAAACUGUAAAUCCAACCAGAGCACGUAGGUUUUUAUUUUUAUGAAUAAAUGUUUCUGUGAGGUUUGCUGGGAUGGAUGCUGGAGCACAGCUUCAGUCUUCUUCUACUCUGUUGAUCAGUGCAGCUACAGCGCCACCUUCUGACGACACCACUCUGGAUUUGUUCCCUCCAGAGCAGCGAGUGGAACAACAUUAAUCCACGUUCAUUUUACAGUUCGUUACAGAGACAUGAUUCACAUUAAACUGACUAUAAACAUAAAUUACACAUGAAAGCAGGACUUUUAUACUUUAAACCAUUUUCUGAGUAUUUGUUAAAACCUGGUGUUAAGUAUGAAUAACCUGCAUCCCACUGAGCAUGCCCAGUAGCUCCUCAGACUCUUGUACCAAUGUUGGACCAAAUCGUUCUGAUCAUUUAAAGGCUCAUUUCGCAGAUUUGAACUUCUUCCUGACUGUGAGGAGUCAAACUCAGUCGCUGUUUCUGGACUCAUAUUAACAACAUGAACACGGACAGCCGGGUCAGAACCAGCUUCAUGGGUCCACUUUAGUAAUCAGGAUGUUGAAGUUUAGCUUCAGCGCUACAGAGUAAACUGUAAAUAGAAUCUUUUUUGUAAUAAAACCAGUAAACUGUUGAUGUCUCUGAGAUUGUUGUGACUGAAGAACAUGUUGCUCUUUAAAUGGAUCUGAACCUCAAA